AUGCCUUCUUCCAAACCCAUCGAAAUAGACGGCCGAACAGGCGAAGGAGGAGGACAAGUCGUGCGAGUCGCCGUCGCCUUGGCAGCGGUGACCUCCCAACCGAUUCGCAUUACCAAAGUCCGUGGCAACAGGCCCACGCGUGCAGGGGGAAAGGGCGGUGGUCUCAAAGCCCAGCACGUCACCGCCAUCAGGUGGCUCGCAGAGGCCACCGAAGCCGACGUGGAAGGUCUCGAGAUCGGCAGCAAGACGCUCACCUUCGCGCCGCGGAUCCCGCCGUCGGCCGCCUUGAGCAACAAGAGCAGGUCGUUAAAGAUCGCGGCAGACACCGGCGCCGCAAGUACGUUGCUGAUUCUCCAGGCGAUCCUGCCCUUCCUCCUGUAUACCGCCGAUGAAGCGGAGAACCCCACGUCCGUGGAUCUCGAGAUCACGGGCGGCACGAACGUGGAUAUGUCCCUGAGCUACGAGUACCUCGAUCAAGUUCUCCUGCCCAGACUCCAGGAUGUCUUUGGCAUCAAGGUGGACAGGCAGUUGAAGAAGCGUGGCUGGAGUCUUGGCCCGCAGAGCAGGGGGUCGAUGUGCUUGACCAUACACCCCCUCAAACGAGGUCAAAGCCUACGGGUUCUCAACCCCACGACGACUCGCGAUGCGUCUGACUUCGAGGUCAGAUACGUCGACGUCUCGAUGAUUGUACCGUCACACAUGCACGCAGACCUCCAAGACGCCCUUACGAAAGACAUCUCAGAGCUCUUGCCAUCCGCAGAAAUCACCUUCAAGAUCGUCGAGGACUCCGGCAGCGACGCGCGUAUCUACGCCCUCCUCGUAGCCCGCUCCGCCACAAAUCUGCGCUGGGGCCGCGACAUCCUCAUGUCCACACCGAGAAAGGGCAAGCAAAAAGAGGACAUCGCAUCGCUCGUCUCGAGAAGAGUGGUCAGAGACCUCGCCAAGGAACUCUCCAUCCGCGACUCAACGUGCGACGAGUUCCUCCAAGACCAACUCGUCAUAUUCCAAGCCCUGGCCGAGGGGCGUACCUCGUUCCCACGGAAUGCCGAGGCGGAGGUUGGUGACGUGGAGGUCUUGCAGCAAAACGUGGCGCAGCUGGGCCUCGGAGAGAGGAUGAGGAAAGACAGGACUGACAAGCCAUUCGGCCAUGGCAGCUUGCACUCACAGACGGCGAGAUGGGUCACGUCUGAGAUUCUGCCGGCGGUGGAGUGGUACAACAAGGGUGCGAUAUGCAAAGGCGUUGGAACGAGCUUCAGUUAA